AGGGGAGAUCGGUGAGAAGGUCCGCACUUCCGUCCUCAGGGCUUUCUCCCCAGGAGACCCGGUAUCAGUGGCGAGCCUGGCUCUCUUUGCGCCGCUCCCAGGUUUGGCGCCUGGAAAACUCCACGUUCUGCUUUCUCCUGCUCCUGGCUCCGCCCCAGCUCCAGACCUGGCUUCCCUCCUGCCCUACCCGUCCCGGCCGCCCCCUUCCCGCUGCCUCUAGCGUGGGCGUGCGGGGACAUCUCCGUGCUUGCCCUGGGCCCAAGGCUGGGCUGAGAAUAUCAAGAGCCCCUCUCCGGUGGGUCAUGGGCAGCUGACCCUGGGGUUCUCCCUUUAGCUCCCUGAGCGCAGCCAGGAAUUCCCUCCCACCGUAGCCGCUCAGUCCUUGGAAGGCCCUGGACGCUGCGCCCUCGUGUCCCCACUUUGUAGCGAGACUGGCACCCGGAGGAACCUGGAGCUUGGAGACACUCUUGCGCCUAGCCAGUCAGAGGACUGGGCGCAGCAGCCAAGCGGCGGCCAGACGCGCGGCUUCAGCGGCCCGGAUAAGGCGACGGUGCACGGGGGCGCAGUUCGGGCGCCCAGCUCCAGCUCCGGAGGAAGUCCCUCUCACCGCGCCGGGAGCGCGAGGGACUCGCCCUGGGCGCCCUCCCAGGAGGCCUCCUCCCCAGUCCUCAGGACCGUCCUUAGGGCGUGAGGAGGAGCUUGCUGGAGACUUCGAGGCUGUCCAGAGCCAGAGAGCGGGAGCGUCUGUCUCCUGCCUCAGCUGGGAAGGGGGAGUGGCGCUGGCCGCCCGAGCUGGGAACCCAGCGAGCGCCUGACCUUCCUCCUCCUCUUCCUUACCCUCUUCGUUACUCAGGCUCCGGGGGAAGGUUCUAGUGACCGAAGGAGCCCUCCCUCCACUCCUUUUCCUAGAAGGCUGGUGAUGGAUCUCCUGCUUCUGCCCCUGCCGGGGCACUUGGAGCCCGCUGGUGGCGCCUGAGCCGAGAACUGCCCUCCACCACCCUCGGCGGGCCUCAGGCCGACCCCGCCUGGCACCCUCGCCUGAGCCCCCUUCCUUUCUGGGCCCCAAAUUGCUAGCGUUCGGAGAGCUGGAAGAGGGUGGCCCUCAGGCACAGCCCCGCCGAGAUGUCCGCGCAGAGCCUGCUCCACAGUGUCUUCUCCUGCUCCUCGCCGGCCUCGGGCAGCGCGGCCUCAACCAAGGGCUUCUCCAAGAGGAAGCUGCGCCAGACCCGCAGCCUGGACCCGGCUCUGAUCGGCGGCUGCGGGAGCGAGGCGGGUAUGGAGGGCGGCUCGCGGUGGGCCACCGGGAGCCGCCUCUGCUCCCCGCUGUCCCUGGCCGACGCUUUCGGCUCCCGCUCGGCGUCCAGUCCCCGGGGUCCACACCCCCGGGCCAACCGACUCCCGCCCCCUAGACCCCUGUGCUCCUCGUUCUCCACACCCAGCACCCCUCAGGAGAAGUCGCCAUCUGGCAGCUUCCACUUUGACUAUGAGGUCCCCCUGGGUCGCAGCGGCCUCAAGAAGGGCAUGGUGUGGGACCUGCCUUCGGUCCUAGCCGGGCCGGGCAGUGGCCGCAGCGCCAUCCUCUGCUCCUCUGGGGGAGGCCCCAACGGCAUCUUCGCUUCUCCCAGGAGGUGGCUCCAGCAGAGAAAGUUCCAGUCCCCACCAGACAGUCACCACGGCCAACCCUACGUCGUGUGGAAGUCUGAGGGUGAUUUCACCUGGAACAGCAUGUCGGGCCGCAGCGUGCGGCUGAGGUCAGUCCCCAUCCAGAGCCUCUCGGAGCUGGAGCGAGCCCGGCUACAGGAAGUGGCUUUUUAUCAGCUGCAGCAGGACUGUGACCUGAGCUGUCAGAUCACCAUUCCCAAAGAUGGACAAAAGAGAAAGAAAUCCUUGAGAAAGAAACUGGAUUCACUAGGGAAGGAGAAAAACAAAGACAGAGAAUUCAUCCCACAGGCAUUUGGAAUGCCCUUAUCCCAAGUCAUUGCGAAUGACCGGGCCUAUAAACUCAAGCAGGAUUUGCAGAGGGAUGAGCAGAAGGAUGCAUCUGAUUUUGUGGCGUCCCUCCUCCCGUUUGGAAAUAAAAGGCAAAACAAAGAACUCUCAAGCAGUAACUCAUCUCUCAGCUCCACCUCGGAAACACCAAAUGAGUCAACAUCCCCAAACACCCCGGAGCCGGCUCCUCGGGCCAGGAGAAGGGGUGCAAUGUCAGUGGAUUCUAUCACCGAUCUUGAUGACAAUCAGUCUCGACUGCUGGAAGCUUUACAACUCUCCUUGCCUGCUGAGGCUCCAAAUAAAAAAGAAAAAGCCAGAGAUAAGAAACUCAGUCUGAAUCCUAUUUACAGACAGGUCCCCAGGCUGGUGGACAGCUGCUGUCAACAUCUAGAAAAACAUGGCCUCCAGACAGUGGGGAUAUUCCGAGUUGGAAGCUCAAAAAAGAGAGUGAGACAACUACGUGAGGAAUUUGACCGUGGGGUUGAUGUCUCUCUGGAGGAGGAGCACAGCGUUCAUGAUGUGGCGGCCUUGUUGAAGGAGUUCCUGAGGGACAUGCCGGACCCCCUUCUCACCAGGGAGCUGUACACAGCUUUCAUCAAUACUCUCUUGCUGGAGCCAGAGGAACAGCUGAGCACCUUGCAGCUCCUCAUCUACCUUCUACCUCCCUGCAACUGCGACACGCUCCACCGCCUGCUGCAGUUCCUCUCCAUCGUGGCCAGGCAUGCCGAGGACGACGUCAGCAAAGACGGGCAGGAGGUCACUGGGAACAAAAUGACAUCUCUAAACUUGGCCACCAUAUUUGGACCCAACCUGCUGCACAAGCAGAAGUCAUCAGACAAAGAAUUCUCGGUCCAGAGUUCAGCCCGGGCUGAAGAGAGCACAGCCAUCAUUGCUGUGGUGCAGAAAAUGAUUGAAAAUUAUGAAGCCCUAUUCAUGGUUCCCCCAGAUCGUCAGAAUGAAGUGCUGAUCAGCCUGCUGGAGACCGAUCCUGACGUAGUGGACUAUUUGCUCAGAAGGAAGGCCUCGCAGUCGUCAAGCCCUGACAUGCUGAGGUCGGAAGUUUCCUUUUCCAUGGGAGGAAGGCACUCGUCCACAGACUCCAACAAGGCCUCCAGCGGAGACCUCUCCCCUUAUGACAACAACUCCCCAGUGCUGUCUGAACGCUCCCUGCUGGCUAUGCAAGAGGAUGCGGCCCCGGGGGGCUCGGAGAAGCUUUACAAAGGGCCGGAGCAGUAUGUGCUGGUGGGCCACCUGCCAUCUUCAAAGUCAAGGGAGAGUUCUCCUGGAUCAAGACUUGGGAAAGAUAUGGCAGAGGAGGCUUUCAAUAUCUGGGGAACUUGGCAUUCAACUUUAAAAAGUGGAUCCAAAGACCCAGGAAUGACAGGUUCCUACGGAGACAUUUUUGAGAGCAGCUCCCUACGACCGGGGCCGUGCUCCCUUUCUCAACAAGACGUCGCCGAGAGCGAGCCGGACGUGGCCUGGCCGCAGAGGAGAGCCAAGCCUCCGCCCCAGAGACCUGGAGAGGGUGCCAAGCAUGACAAGAGGCCUCCUCCGCCUUAUCCUGGUCCAGGGAAGCAGGCGUCAGCAGCGGCCCACCAGCCCGCGGAGCCACCGCUGUGGAGGCCGCAGAGGCCGGAGGAAGGCUCUGGAGCCGCUCUGGAGGAGGGAAGCCAAACAGCCGAGCGGGAGCAUCAGGCCGCCCAGCAAAAAGUGAGCAGCGCCCACCCCGGUCCUUCCAGCGAUCAGAACAGUAAGACCUUGGGGGACCCCAGCUGGCUCGACUGGCAGAGAGAGCGGUGGCAGAUCUGGGAGCUCUUAUCCACCGACAACCCCGAUGCCCUCCCGGAAACGCUGGUAUGAGCCCCACAGGCUCGAACCCUCCCGUCCCCAGCAGCCUUCUUCAACUCAGUAGGGGAAAAAGUGGGUGUGGAACAAUUGGGCACUUCCUUAUUUUUCUUCCUUUACACUUAAAAAAAAAAACCACGAGAGAAAACUCAGUUCACUUAAAGAUAGAGAGCACUAUUACCCUGGCCAUUUAUAAUAAGAUUCUAUUGCAUAGCCAGCCUUCAGAAAAAAACAAAAACAAAAAAUGGCUGUUAAUACCCAGUCUAAAAGCUGUUCACAUUGGCUCUGUAUGCGGCAAAACUCUCGCUUUGGUAUCGCUUAACUGUAUUUAUGUGUCUUCAGUUUUGACUCUUGUAUAUCUGUAACAGAUUAUAUAUGAUAAUCGUAUAUGUUAUAUUCACAAAAAACAGAAGGAACAAAAUUUUUUAAUCACUUCACUGAUUCUAAGUAAUGAGAGUCUGUAGAAUGUUCUAGAAUAUGCACAAGCGGGUUUCUGUGCUUUUGCCAUAGCUUUUUAACUGAGGACAGCCCUUCCUUCAAUGCCUAAGGAAAACACUAACAAAACAAAGUAAAACAGAAUAUGACAAGCCAUAUUUUUAUAUAGUAGUGAGAUACAAAAAAGUAUAGUCACUGAAUGCUUUUUCAUAUUGAAUACGUUUUAAGGAAAAUAUUAAAUUUGAUACAUUAUGGAAUAUAUUUUUAGAAUCUGUUUAAGAAAGAAUUCAGUUAAUGAAGCAAGAGAAAGGCCGUGCCUGACAAAGAAAGAAUAAUUAAGUUGUACUUCCCAUUUUAGGUCAAACUCAAUUUUAUAUAGACCAUAUAUAAUAUAUAUUUAUGAUGUACGAUUUUUUUUUCAAAACUGCAAACUGGAAUCCAACUAUAAAGUGUUUAAGAAUCAAAAUAGAGUAUUCAAAUGACAGAACUUGGUUUUUCCUUUUGCCCCAUAAUCAGUAUUAACCAAAUUUUAUGCAGUGCUUUGUAAAGUAAAUCAUAUUUGGAAGAAAAAAAACUAAAGCUUUGUAUUUACAUUGUGCCAAAGGCUGAGGAAAUGUUUUCUUUGGUAACUUUCUGUGUAAUGUAAAACUCCUACCGCACUUCAGUAGUAAAUUUGAAGUUUUUCAAGUGCAAAACAAUAUUUGACCAGCAGGUGGCGAUUCGCUUCAGUAUUUUAUGAGAUUUUUUUUUUCACUUCAUAAGGGAAUGUGUAUUAUAGAAAAAGAAUUUUUUUUAUAAAACAUGCUACAUCUUAAUUUUCAUGUUGGCGAUGACAUUUUCAGUGGUGUUUCUUAAAGUUCUUGUGCCAUAAUGAAUAAAAAGUUAAGCAAA